CUCUCUCAUCAACUUUCUCUCACUAAAACACGAAAUCCUAUCCAUGGCCGCCCCUGGUUUUGCCAUGCCGCCACCUCCUCCACCUCCUCCUUAUAACCUCACCAUCCUCCAACUUUUCCACCACCAUUUUUGUCCACACUUCGAAUUUCAACGAAGCUAACACAGCUGAAGAUGUAUAUUUUGUAGAAUUUAAUUGCUUCUAUACAUCUAUUUUGUGAUCGGAUCUGAGGUUUUUGAUCGAGUUUUCGGAAGGUUUUUUCUGUGUGUUUUGAUUGAUAUAUCGAUGACGAUUGAGGUAAGGUUGGCUGAUAUGAGCAAGAGUAUAAGGAAGAAGAAAUGUUGCCGGAAGACCAGUAGCAAGAGGAAGCGGUCUCCACCGUCUCCGGCGGCGAUUUCGUUUCCGUUGCAGAGGCUUUACAUUUCUUGUCUAGAUGUGUUCAAAGGCGUCGGGACCGUUCCGUCUCCUACCGACGUGCAGAAGCUUUGCCAUAUUCUCGAUAGAAUGAUGCCGGAAGAUGUUGGACUAAGUAGGAAUCUUCAAUUCUUCAAGCCCAGAAGUAACGUAGGAGUAACUCCAAAAGUCGCAUGUACAACCAUAUACCAGUGUGAGGAAUUCUCGCUAUCUAUUUUCUUUCUGCCUGCAAAUGCCGUCAUACCUCUUCAUAAUCACCCAGGGAUGACGGUUUUCGUCAAGCUUUUACUUGGGAAAGUGCAUAUUAAAGCGUAUGAUUUGGUUAGCACAGAAAACUCAGACGACUCUAAUUCUAUACUCCCCUCUCAACCAAAGUUGGCAAGUUUAAAAGCCAAUGGCGUAUUUACUGCUCCGUGUGACACUUCUGUACUAUAUCCAACUUCGGGGGGUAAUAUUCAUGCCUUCAAGGCUAUAACGCCUUGUGCGAUCCUUGAUGUGAUGGGACCUCCGUAUUCCAAAAAAGAUGGCCGGGACUGCUCAUACUACAGAGACAUUCCGUACACUGCAUUACCAUAUGAACGAGCGGUUAUGUCGGGAGAAGAGAGCGAACGAUAUUGGUGGUUAGAAGAGAUCGAGGUGCCAAAAGAAUCGGAAAUGGAAGGAAUCGAGUAUAUGGGUCCUCAAAUAAUUGAAAUGAGUUCAUCAUAGCUUAGAUUGAAUUUUGCUUUGAGUUAUGUUUGGUGUAUAGGUGUCUCAUGGCUUUUGUUCUUUUUGUUAAUGUUACAUAAACUGGAAAUUAACAAAAAAAUACUCAUUUCACCCCAUCA